AUGCCAGCAGUGCCAUCAGGAUAUUCAGCAGUCCCUCAAGGAAACCAGCCAUCCUGUUUCACAAAAAUCCGAAUGGGAUUGAUGAUGGGCGCGAUGAUUGGUGGAGCAACAGGCAUUCUUCUCGGUGGAUUCAUGGGAUUCAGAGCAGGUCUUCGUGGAAAGGAACUUCUUUUGCAGUGCGGAAAGACUGUUGCACAGUCCGGUGGAUCGUUCGGCGUCUUCAUGGGUGUCGCUCAAGGUCUCCGAUGCUGA